AUGUCUAAAGAAGUAUCCAAGUCAGUAACUAGAGAAGUGAAAGAUGAUCCACAGGUUAGUGUCUACAGCGACUCCGAUCACAGUGAACUUCUUGGGUUUUCCAAAGAAGUGGUUGAGGAGUCGAAAGAGAUCUUCUUUCAUGAGGAGAGACUAAGUUCUAGCUUGAACGCCAGGUUGAUUGCCAUGAUAUCCUUGGUGGGAGUCUUUGGUACCGGAAUGUAUGUACACUGCAUGAAACGAAAUGAUAUGAAAUGAAAACUUUUUUUGUAUCGUUGGUUACGGGCAACAAUUUUACUAACAUAUUCCCUUUUCUAUUUUAAACAGUUUCCUUUCUAGUGGUGGAACAUUGGCAACAGCAGGGCCAGUGGGGAUGAUCCUCGCGUACCUUUUAGUCGGCUCCGUGGUUUUCGCAUCGCAAAUUUGCAUGGUGGAAGUUUCGUGUUUAUACCCUGCCACCAGUGCCUAUAUUGCGCACUCGGAACAUUUCAUUGACAAGGCACUUGGCUUUGCCUGGGGUAUGGGGAGCACUUAUAAUGCAAUAAUCCCUAGCGAAUUGACCGCGGUGAGCGUGCUCAUGACAUAUUGGACAGACUUGAGCCCGGCAAUAUGGAUUACUGUUUUCGGUCUCUUUAUUGUCGCUACUAACAUUUACAAUGUUCGUUGGUUUGGUGAGAUUGAGUUUUUCUUUGGAUGCAUCAAAUUGUUACUAUGUGUUGGAUUGAUCUUGGUUGGGUUGAUCAUUGACUUGGGAGGGGUUCCGGGACAGCAUAGACUUGGUUUCCAGUACUGGAGAAACCCGGGUCCUUUUGCAGAAAGGUACGCCACGGGGUCGUUGGGGAAGUUUUUGGGAUUUUGGAAAGCAGUGAGCUCCGUUGUGUAUGCUUUUGGCGGUGUUCAAAAUAUCACCAUGUUGGCAGGAGAAACCAAGUAUCCUCGCAGGGCAAUCCACCGUGCUGCUAAACGGGUGUUUACGAGGGUCUUUGUCAUUUACAUCCUCAUGGUGUUUAUCCUUUCCAUGAUUGUGCCCCACAAUGAUAAAAUCAUUGCUCAUCCCAAUGGUACAGCUUCUGGUUCACCAUGGGUCAGAGCUGUUUCAUUAGCAGGAAUCAAGAUCUUGCCCCACAUUAUAAAUGCCGUUGUUCUCACGUCGGCCCUCAGUGCAUCGAACGGAGGCAUCAUCAAGGCAAGCAGGAACAUUUUUGCCCUCGCUUCCAAAGGCCAAUUGCCUGCUAUUUUUUUAAAAGUCAACAGAAACGGGUUACCCUGGGUUGCAGUUGCAGUGCCUUGUAUAUUCCUCCCGUUGGCCUACAUGUCCGUGGACAAGUCCGCAUCAACCGUUUUCUCCUGGUUCCAAAACAUCACAUCUUCCGACUUGUUAAUCACCUGGAUUGCCAUUGCCGUUAACCACAUCAGACUAAACCGCGCGUUGAAAGUCCAGGGCUAUUCGAGAAAAGAUUUGCCGUACACGUUCAAGAUUGGUUCAUACUGCGGCUACUACUCGUUGUUCUUUUCCACGUUGUUCUUGUUGACGGGAGGCUUUUCGACUUUUAUCCAUGGAUACUGGGCUUUCUCGACAUUGUUCAGUGCAUACUUUAUCAUCCCCUUGACGUUGGUGUUUUACAUUUUUGCCAAGUUUUUCUUCAAGACGAAAUGGAUCAGGUCAAGCGAAGUGAGCUUGAAGCCUCUCUUUUAUGAUGUGCAGAGUAAGCCCGAGCCUCCAUUCAAAAAGUUGCACGGCUGGGAAUGGAUUACGCUAUUGUGGGCAUAA